AUGACACUUAACCUACAAAAUACAUAUCAAGGAGCUAGCUUCUUUGAUAAUUGGGUUUACAACUACUCAGCUAUCGAUAAUACAACACAAGGGAAUGUACACUACCUCGACAAACCAAACGCAGAGAAGCAAAACUUGACCUAUGUUAAUGACGCAGGUAAUGCUAUUAUGCGCGUCGACAACUUCACAGAUGGCAGUGACGAUCCCUCCUUCGGACGUAAUAGCGUGAAGCUGGUCAGUAAAGAUGCAUUCGAUAUUGGAAGCAUGGUGGUUAUGGAUGCAUCACACCUCCCAUACGGUGAAAGCGUCUGGGGAGCAUUCUGGACACUAAACAAUCUCUCAAAGCAAGAUGACGACGGGGAGAUUGAUAUCUUUGAAGGCGUUAAUGGACAGGAGAGUAAUAGGGUUGCGUUGCACACGCGCGAGGGAUGCACCCAGUCUAACACCACUGACGUUGACUACACUGGCCAAGUAAUGAGCACAGACUGUUACUACCGCAAGAAUGGAAAUGAAGGCUGCUCUUACGAAUCAAAGGAUAACAGGUCUUACGGUAAGCAGUUCGCGGAUAAUGACGGCGGUGUUAUGGCUAUGAGUUGGGAUGGUAAGGGUAUUCAAAUGUGGUUUUGGAGCAGAGCAGAAAUACCAGAAAGCAUUAAGAACGACUACCAGAUCCACAUAAUGGUGAUUUAG